CGCGUUUAUGGUAAUGAUCUACGUAACUGCCUGUAUACACUACACUAUUUUAUAUUCGGCAAUGCCUCAUAAAUAAUCAGCCCCCAAUCGUUUGGAUAUCCGUAUUUGGGUUGCAGCUUCACACAGGCCGAGUAUCGGAUAGCUAGUUAAAAACUGUGCGAUCUGACAACACCGGUAAGUACAUGAUAUUUAGAGUAUUGGAGGGAGAAAUAAUUUUGCAAUGUUUUUUUGAACAAGAAACGUUCUGGAGAGAGAAAGACAGUUCGUUCAUUGCUGUUUUCCGGUUAUAUCCACCAGUCAAUAAAAGAUAAUAUAAUUUCAACUAUAACAAAAGAAAAUGCCAAAGUCUCAUUUAUUACUUCUUGGUGGUACUGGCUUCAUAGGAAGGAAUAUUGUGUACUAUUGGCUGAAGGAGCACAAAGCCGAGUCGAUAGUUGUGGUGGACAAGGUCCCUCCUGAAUUGGCCUGGAUGAAUCAAGACCAUAGAGAUGCUUUUAAUGAUCCUAGAGUUCAAUUCAGAAGUGCUAAUCUCAUUAUUCCUGAAGCCUGCAGGGAAGUAUUUGACAGAUCAGACGGUAUCAAAUUCGAUCUUGUGAUAAAUUGUGCUGGAGAGACGAGAUCAGGCCAAUCGGAGGCUGUAUAUCAAGAUGGUAUAUUGAAGCUAAGUCUAUACUGUGCUAGGGAGGCAGUCAAGCGUAAAAUAAGAUUUAUCGAGUUAUCAUCUGGAAACAUGAACUCUUUGAAUAGAAUGCACAGAGAGUCUGACCCAGUAGCUCCUUGGACUAGUGUGGCUAAAUGGAAGAGAAGGGUGGAAGAAGAACUGUUCAGAAUCCCUUGCUUUGAGUUCACCAUUAUUCGUCUCCCCAUUGUGUACGGAAGAGGAGACAGAACUGGCCUUAUGCCCAGAAUAUUAGAAGCGGCAAUUUGCAAGAGGAUGGGAAAGCCAAUAAAACAGCUUUGGAAUUCCGACAAGAGGAUAAGCACUGUGCACGUCCAUGACGUAACCAGGGCAAUCUUUCAUGUCCGCGCAAGGGUGGAUACCAAACGAGCGAUUUUCAACGUGGUGGACUUCGCAGACUCGUCGCAGGGCAGCAUAUGGAACGUAAUAUGUUCUAUGUUUGAAAUAAGAGUAGACUUUACCGGCAAUCUCAUGUCCAGGUUGAAAGACCUGACGAAGGUCGCCAACGAGGCUAACGUCAAGUAUAUGACCGCAUGGGCGGAGGCCUUGAGAGAGGAGAAUAUAGUCAAUACUCCCCUGUGUCCGUACACUGACCUAGAACAGCUCGUUAACAAGCAUUUGAGUCUCGUAUUGCCUGUUAUAUUAUCCCGAGUGACCACCCUGUAAGGCUUUACACGCUCCAGCUCGCUAGCAGAUGAACAUACUGUGUCGCUAGCUUACGAACAGAUAUCCUAAACCACAUCCGGUGAUGAGCAAGAGCAUAUUGAUCAUAAAAGCUAGUUGGGAUGUGACGUAAAUGCAUUCCCGCCGUGAGGGCAAUCUCCCUUGGGGGAUCUCUCUUGCCAUUCUUCCCUGUGCGGAAACCAGCUGUGCUCUAUAGUGCCAACUAAAGUUGGAUGGAAACAAACUACGGUCACUCGGACCCUACUACAUGGGAAUGUGUGUUACAUAUCCAAGAGCAAUGAAGCUGAAGGAGAUUGUAGAUGAUUACGUUGAAAUGGGAUUAUUUCCGCGUGCACUAGCUCCGAUACAACCAGUUGAUGAUGUUGUAGCACGUCGUAUAGAAUAAUACACAUUUCAGGAACGAUGGUUUUGUGAUAUAAGAAUACUUUAGGUGGAUUUAACAUAUCUCCAAUAAGCUCUCCAGGGAUUGGCGAAAAUGUCUCCAGAACAGGUUUGGAGCAUAACAAAAGCUUCUUAAAUGAACUAAUUUAAAAAUUCUGAAUUUUGGCCAGUACUCAAUGUCCUUAGAUUGUAUCUAUAGUGUGCUAGCGCAAAUGUUGGCGCUACAGUUCUCAUUCCUCUAAAGUGGUGAAAAUACGUUAUGGUGGUAUAUUCAAACGUGUUUUGGGGGCAUUUGCGUCAAGUUCGGGAGCGCUGACUAGGGUUAUGUUAUAAUUUCGAAAGUACUGUAACAUAUAACAAAACUAGUUUUUUUGGAAUGGUCGGGACUUUUGUAAUUCUAAAGAACGUCUCUCUAAUAAGUUGAAUGCCCAGUCUAAAUUAACCACGCACUGAAACAAAGAGACAUAGUGAAAGUUCAAUAUAGUGCCUUAUAUUUUUGGCUAUCAUAUUAAAGUAUCUCUGGAAAGCAUGUAUGUACAGGUGAAGCUACAGCUUAACAUAUUCAGGGUGACUACAAAAUAAAAGGCGAUAAUUAUACAGUAGAAAUACAUCGAUAAGAAUAUGGAGUUCACAUGAACACAGGUUCUAAAACGUCCCAUUACCGAGAUACAAUGUGUUAUAACUCCACUGAUGAGACUGAUUAAUGGCUUUCAAACCAGGAAGGUUUCAAAUUUUUCGUUAGAAUAUAGGAUGGAAUAUAGGAGAUUUUAUGUUAUUUUUACCGCUUUUUUAAUCAUCCUCUAUAGACAGCAAUGUACUCACGUCAUUGGAUUCUCUCCUUGUGUUGGUCGUAUGUUAAUUAUCAAAAUGUUUGACCAAUUAGGUAGUUCAGAUUGUAAGCAUCAAUUCGUUAUUAUGUAAAAUAUUGCAUCGACAUGUUGGUACAAAAAACUUGAAUUAAAAAACGAUUUUGAAACCGAAUUUUUUGUUGUGUGAAAAUAUUUUGCGCAAAAAAUAAAUAAGAUGAGAACAAAUGAUGUUAUUGUAAGUAAUUUCUUAAAUUUUAUAACUCUGUUCUCUCAACUUCUACGGUACUUUUAGUUAAUUUUAAUUUUGAAAAUAUUUGAAUACGAGCAAAAUCGGUCCAAAACAGACACCUAAAUUUUUUUUUUAUUGAGAUAUCGUGAUUUUUCAAUUUACUGAAUAAGUGUUACAAAUUUAUCCAAUCCAAUCCAAUUUAUGCUGCGUUGACAACGAGUUCCUAUACGCUAUUCGAUGACAUUUACGAUGCUUCACAAUAAACAUAGCUAUGAAUGAACUAUGAAUUUCUGCGCUUCAAUUGGCUCAUUAUUGGCUACCCAAUAAACUGGCCAAUAGUAGCGCUAAAAUUUGACGAUUGAGUGUCGGUGUUUGUUUUGAUGCAGCGCAAAUGACGUGUGUGUAUUUAGGUUAGUUAUUUAAAAUACAAUAUUAUUUACUAUUCUUUUUGAAUUAGCAAUGUCGUAUUAUUUACACUUAUAUUAGGAGCGUCUCUCGCUAAUUUUUUUAGAACAUAUUUCGACCCAAUGGUGUUUGUAAGCUUGUACCUCAACUUUAUGGAUUAGUUCAAUUUCAACCAUAGCAUUAAUUUUGAUGAGAACCUUUUGUUCAACGCGCUUCGAGUGUUUCGAGUCAGAAUUAAGUGCUAGUAAUUUGUGGUAAAAGUAAGCGAGGGUUUGUAAUAUGUGUUACUUAUUUCCUGACCGUGACUAGCUGAGCAUUCAGCAACCCAGUAUACCCACACUUGUAAGUUAUGACUGUCAAAACAUUGUCACUGAAUCCGGUGUCAGUUGCAUUUUCCUUACAUUUUUUCUGGUUGGUGUUAUUGACCUCCGUAUAGGAGUGCAAUACUACUUGCUUCACUUCAAGCUGUUUCAACUGCUCUUCCACGUCAGUAAUAUCUAUCAUAAAUCCGAACUAUGUGCCACUUUCUAAUCGGCUGUCAAAUUUUAUAUUUUUCGAUGAAUGUAUAUAUGAAGUUUAUAAUAUUAUGUGAUGUCAUUUGAAAUAAUUUUAAUUUUGUCUCAUUCUUCGAAUAUAACUACUAGGUAUAUACUAUUUUAGAUUUUAUGUAAGAUACUUAAAACCCUAUAAAUACGAUUUUCAAGAUUUAAUAUUUUGCGCAGUUUACUCAAAAAAUGUGAAGUCUUAUUUUUGUAUUGAUGAGAUUAUAUUGUUAUACAUGUAUAGAAACAAAACAACCUUAGUAGUAGCAAUUUUUAGAUGAAUAUUUUGUUCAAUUUAUAUGUAAAAUGUGGAAUAUUUAAAAGUGGUAUUUGUGUUGUUAAUAUACAUAUUGUUAUACAUGUAUAAAAUAAAAAUUACACUGCCAAUACCGUUAUCAUUAUAAUGAAGAUUGCCAAUAAAGUCGAAUCCAC